AAAGCUCGAGCGCUCUGUCGUUCCCGAAAAUUCGACCUGUCGCGAAAAAUUCACGCCGUUUUAGCGGAGCUUUAUCGCGACGAGAGCGAGACAGAGAGCUUGCAGAAAGCUCGCGAUAGUCGCCCGGCCGGGGAUCAAUAAUACGACUGCGCGAGCCGGCACGAAUGCCUUAUGCGUCUUCGUUAUGUCUCCCGAGCUUUUUGAGCUUGCGACAGAGCUUGCACUCACCUCGAAUAGUACGACGUCGCGACAAUUACUGCUGUGAGAGCUUGCGGUCAGUUGACGAAAGUUUAGGUGGAAAGAAAGCAGCUUGCAGCUCCCGUGCCGGGGGUUGCGAUGCGAGACGAAGCAGACGCGGCGCAAGACCACCCGACUCUGGUGGAGAGCGGUAAGCAGUCUGCAAUUGCACGAUUGCAAUAGAGCACUAAGGAGGUUCAGAGAUAAGAUCCAAGCGAAAGAAGCACUAGAUAAUUGAUUCUUAAUCGAAAGCUUUCAUUUUUGCACAAUGAUAGCAUUAGCAGCUGCAACACUGUUACACAUUAUGAAACUUUUUAUUGCGCACAAAAAAGAUGCUGUUGUCAGCAAUCAGAAUAAUACUGGAAUAUGUUUUUGUGGAGAUGAUAGGAUAAUUCACCUUAUUUCUAUCAUAUCGAAGAUUGAGUACGAAAAUUUACUCAAAAAAAUAGCUGUCAACUGCAUCAUGAUAAUCGAGAUUUUGGAACAAUUGAUCAUGAACAAAUUCUCAAUAACAAGAAUGUUUGAAAUUCAUUUCUAUUUUGGUGUUCAUUCUUGGUUAAUAGCAAUUCACAUGGGAUUGAAUUCCUUUAAAAACCGUCAUAAAUUCUACUCAUCGUUCUGCCUUUUAAUACCUGAAUAUGUAUCAGAUUUCGAAAAAGUGUAUUUAAAACAAUAUACUUGUUGGAACAAAUGAUUGAAAUUCUAUAAAAUAUGCGUAUUGUUUCGUAGAUUAUUGUUAAAAUAUUAACGUUUUUGGAUUUUUAAAUAUAAGAUCACAUGUAGUAAAGUUUGAUCUGUCAUUUUAUUCGUAGCUACAUAUGCUGAAGAAGAAAUAAAUGAUUGGUUUAAUAAUAUUCAAAUUUUUACGAAUAUUAACGAAUCGAAAAGAAUAAAUAGUUUUGAAACGCAGUCUUUAUUGAAAUAAGCUAUGUACAAAAACAAAUGUACAAUGUAAGACAAAAUAUAACUCGUGAGUAUAUUAUGUAAUUUUUUUACUUAAUUUUUUUCAUUCUUAUUCAAAUAAUAAAUUGCGCAUGAUACAUUAUACAU